AUGAAAAAUCUACUUGUUACAGUCGUUGUUGCCACUGCACUCGUAUUUGCUAUUAAUGCUAUUCCGACUCGUCGUGAAGCGAACGAAAUAUCAUGUGAGCAUGAUAUUUGUCUCAAUGAUAUAUUCAUCUGCAUAUGUGGUUCGACAUUAACACCGGAUGAUCCAUGUGGUUGUCCAUUUCGAUGUACACAAUGUUCAUUUGAAUAUUUACCAUCGUUCAACUUUAAUUUUACUGGUAUUAUCUUUCCAGAAAUUGAUUGGUCCAAUCUUGUUUUUGAUUUUUCGAAUUUGAAUCUGAAUCUUGGCAAAAAAAAAUAA